AUGGGGACAGGCAGUGGAUCCACAGCUAUAGAGACAGAGACUGAACCCGGCAGAGGAAGGACAGGACCUGGGGGCAAGGCUGGGCUGGGAGUUUCAGCGAAGAGCAUAGGACUUGGGCUGCCUCUGAUAAUGACCGCCCCUGGACAAAUGGACUUGUCAGGUGUCCCUGCCAAAAUUAUCACCAUUGCCACCAGGGUUCAGAGCACUGCUCAGCUACAUAUUAAACAUUGCGUGACUGGGAAUACAGCAGCUAAGCAGGUUGUCCCCAAGGCAACCUCCAACAGCAACCCCACCCCUAGCGAUGCCAAUUCACUUCCUCUACCCCUUCCACCUCCUCUCUCUGCUCCCCCUAGUGCCUCUCUCCGUCCCAGGUCCAAGCUCACCUCAGCCCAGCCAGCCUCCUCUCCACAGAACCACUCCAAGUUUACCUGGGUGAAGAGCCAUCAGCCAGGAGGAGUCAGGCCCAGCCAGGCCAGAAUAGAGUCCCGGCCCCCAGAUAAUCUAAUCACAUCUGUCACCACCACAGUCUCCCAUUCUGGGGUCCCUAGCAGUUUCUCAUCCAGCCCCAGUUCCAGUAGGAAAGCCUUUGCCCCCAGAAAAAAGGUUGCCCGUAGGCUCAGUUUAUCCACUGCAGUCCCUAAGACCUCCAAGUACACCUGGGUGUCCUCCGCUGCAGGGGUCCAGGCUAGGCUGUCCCGGAAGCCUCUCUCACCCAAAGACCUGGCCCUGGCUCUGCCCCAGAGAGCUGCAGAGGGGUUGGUUGCCAAGAAACCAAAAUCCCCAAAUCCUUUAGCCAAGCAGCGUAAGGCAGCAGCGGCCUCCUGCUCUACUACCCUCAGUAGUCGCUACUGCUGGAAGGCAGGUUCUGGGGGAGGGGGGCAGACUGGCUCUGGGACAGGGUCCAGAGGUGGGUCUCUGUUCCGCUGGACCUCUGAGAAAGAGAAUGGGGCCAAGGGGGGGUCCAGUGUCCCUCCAUCUGUAACUCAACGCACCGCCUCCUCUUCCCCUGGAGGGUUCAAACUCAGGAGCAGGAUGAAGAUCAUCAGGAGGUCAGUUAGCAGUGGGUCUGGGGCAGAACGGAGAUCCAGCCCAGCAGCCAUGACCCUGAUCAGCCGCUACUCUCUGCGCCUUAGGACACACACUCUGGUCCGGACACAAACUGCAGUGAGGACACGCACCCUUGUCCAGAGCCCGGGGGGUGUGAAGAGGACCCCGUCCCUUGAACUGGUCUCAUUUGGCAGACACAAGCUACGAUGUCUCUCCCCCAACCCCUCCAGGACAG